AUGGCCCAAAGAGUUCGAGGGCUAGUAGAUACGUUACUGGUAAUCCGCCAAGCUGCCAUUUUUCAAGUACAAAAGGCGCAAAAUAGACAAAAACAGCUUCACGAUAGAAAAAUUCAGAAUAUUACUGAAUUUGGAAUAGGAGAAAAAGUAUUGGUGUUUUUUGACUGGAAGGUAGUCAAGUUGUGCACAAUGGAAGGUCAAGUCGUAUCAACUCCAAUUAGUACUAGUCUAAUUAAAAAGUAUAGAGAUCGUCAAAGGGACACUGAAAGAGAAAGAAUAUUAAAUUAA